AGCUGUGUCGGAGUUUCAAAACAGAUGAGCUGAUGACAACAGCUUGUCGCUGCUAUCAGAAUUAUGUAACGCGUUUGGUGAUAACGUUACACGCUUUCGGUGUGAAGGGGUGAAGAUGGCGAUAGAGACGAAAGAAGGAGAUGGGUGGGAUGGAAUGGAGCACACGUGACGUAAUCUCGUUCGUCAGAUGGCGCCUGCUCGUUGGAUGUUCCGAAUGUUUUCAACCUUAACCUAAAGAAGAAGGACAAGAGGCAAGAGCUCGCUGGGUGUAAUGUAAUUGUUCGCCGGCUCGGCUCUCAAUUGUUACUCGUUCACUCAAUAAAUCUAGAGUCAUUGUGAAUUGCCCCCGUGACCGGUUGCGAUAGAUCGCCAUCAUCAGCUCACGAUGACGCUGCAAGCGAUAAAAUGGAACAGGGAAGACGGCAAGCUGGAGAUCCUGGACCAAACCCUGCUGCCGGCAACGACCAGCUAUAUCCAGAUCAAAGGUGUCAAGGAUGGCUGGAAUGCUAUCAACAAGAUGCAGGUACGAGGCGCACCAGCCAUAGCUAUCGUGGGCAGCCUCAGUGUGGCAGUAGAGAUUCUUCAACAUCCAAACUAUGAGGACAAGAAGGCUCUUUUUCAGGCUAUCAAGGAUAACAUGAAUUACCUGGUAACGGCACGUCCCACUGCAGUCAACAUGAAAGUGGCAGCUAACUUCUUCACAGAGCUGACAAAUUUAUUGAGUUUAUCUGACAAACUCACUCUAUCCCAGAUGAAAGACAAAUUCAUAGAUAAUGUAGAUAAUAUGUUGAUGGACGAUAUAAGGUACAAUAAAGUAAUCGGGGAAUAUGGAGCGGACGAAAUUCUAUGUAACGUGCCUGAGGGAAGUUCUGUCAGGGUGCUCACUCAUUGCAAUACCGGGAGUCUCGCUACCGCGGGAUAUGGCACAGCUUUAGGCGUCAUCAGAUCUCUUCACAAGAAGGGAAGGCUCGAGCACGUUUAUUGCACCGAGACCAGACCAUAUAAUCAAGGCGCACGUUUAACCGCUUAUGAAUUAGUGCACGACAAGAUACCAGCAACUCUAAUUUGCGACGACAUGGUCGCAGCGCUAAUGAAAACGAAACAGAUUACCGCUGUUGUCGUAGGCGCAGACAGGAUUGCCGAAAAUGGCGACACCGCAAAUAAAAUUGGAACUUAUCAGAUUGCAAUUCUCGCCAAAUAUCACGAUGUUCCUUUCUAUGUAGCUGCAUCACUGACGUCUAAGGACUCCAAUAUGUCCAAUGGUGAUCAGAUAGUCAUUGAGGAGCGACCUGAACGAGAGAUGACUCACAUGAACGACAAGAGAAUCGCAGCAGAGGGCAUAACAUGUUGGAAUCCAGCAUUCGAUGUGACACCGGCGAGUUUAAUCACAGGCAUAAUUACGAAUUUCGGUGUUUCUAAGCCAUCAGAUGGCUCAGAUUUUGUCCUCUAACAUUCUGCUCUUGUAAUACAGUGAUGAAAUUUAAAACAUCUUUUAUGAAUAUGCGUUCGCGACCGUUUAUGUGUAUAUAUAUCAAUUGUAAACAUCAAGAUGCAUGAUUAAUUUAGUCUCGAGAGAAACAGUGCCAUUGAAAAUAACUAUAUAAUAUAAGAACUUAGGAAAGUCAAGUUUAUUGACUGUAUAAUUUAGUAUUAGGUAUUUUAUUGAAUUUUUAAAGAUUUAAUAUGAUUGAUACUGCCAUUCCAUAUUGCGGCGCGCGUUAAGAUACAUUUUUAUAUAUUUAUUUUCUAUCGAAGAUAGAAAUAAGAUUUUGUUACACUUUUGCGGAUACGAUGUUUGAAGUACAUGUGCCUUAUAACAAUAAGUGUAUUAUGGAUUUAAUGUGACAUUGAAUAGUAUCGCGUUGUAUAUUCAAAAUUUAAAUAUUUAAUUUUGUACAAGCUAUAAAAUAGA